UCUCGCCUACCAAGCAUGCUCUUGUUCUGAAGGAUUUGGCAUCUGUUGUACUGGACAAAAGGCUUCUUAAUAAUGUUGGAUACUUUUUGAAAUUCAGGAGUACAGCUGAUUUGGAAGGCUUUCACCAGCACCUCCUUAUGUAUUGUUCUAAAAGGUUUGCGUACACUCCGCCAGUAUACAGAGCCAGAAACAGGCUUGCAGCUCUGGAUCACAAUAUGAAUGUUGACCGACCAGUACAGAGGAGCAAAGAUGGGAAAAUCAGGUAUCACCGAGUGUUCAACAAAAAAAGUGGACGAUGGACUGUUCAUGCAGUUAAAACAAGAAAGCAGUACAAUUAUAUUCAUUCCCUUCUAGCAAGUGCUCUGAUUAUGCGGAUCCAUGAUAGAAUUGGAAUGAAGUUGACCACAUUGGCCCCUGAUGAUCCACGUAUCAUCUCAAAACAUUUGGCAGCCCAAGAACCACCCCCCACAGAGGAGCUUGUAAGACAGCAAAAGUCCCAAUUUACUGAAUAGUUCAUCUCUUCAAAGAAACAAUGAAUGUCUGUUGCUCAAAUGUCAUCUAUUACUGACAUUUCUGGGACUCCAUCAUGAAGAGUUUGAUACAUGUAUCCUGUCAUUUUAUUUCAUAGUUUAUUUAUUGUUUAGGUCGGACUGAAUCAGGACUUUAACUCUUGCCAAAAUGUUGAAAAUUUUCAUGUUUUUUAAUGCAUGAAGUCAUUGUAAAUAAUAAUGCU